AUUGCUCGGUCAUCAGGCUUGGAUAUUGAGGCAGGAUCUGCUGCUGCUGCUGCUUUUGCGUGUGUGAUGAAAUGAAAUGCCAGUAUUGGGCUACCUCCAGGGAGCGCCUCGCUAUCCUAUAAUGUGAGCCAGCCAGCAGCUCUGUGGGAUUAGGGAGACGCUGCAUCCAUCAGGCCCUCCAAAAAGGACAAGACGCCAUCCAACAGGAAGGAGAGAGCUCUAUUUUUUUAUAGGCUUUGAUGCUGUGAGGAGAGGGGAUUGUCGUCAUCCCCCCCAUCCAUCCUUUUCCCCUCUCUCUGGUGCCCCCUCCUUCCUCUUCCGCCUCCACACUUGCUUUUUCGCCCUCAUUCUGUGUCAGAGGAGCGCGUUGGAAUAACAAACCUCCAUGUAUGACAAUUUGUACCUGCAUGGAUUUGAAGACUCGGAGGCGGGCUCAGCUGAUUCAUAUACUAGCAGACCAUCAGACUCAGAUGUCUCUCUGGAGGAGGAGCGUGACGUGCAGGCCCAGGUCCAGAGCCAGAGCCCAAGCCAGAGCCAAGGACCGGGACAGAGCAGGCAGGAACGGGAGCAGCAGGCCACCAUCCAACUGGAGAGAGCCAAGACCAAACCUGUUGCAUUCGCUGUGAGGACCAAUGUCAGCUACUGCGGCGCUCUGGAUGAGGAUGUUCCAGUUCCCGCCACAGCUAUCUCCUUCGACGCCAAGGACUUCCUCCACAUAAAAGAGAAAUUCAACAAUGACUGGUGGAUCGGCCGCUUGGUGAAGGAGGGCUGCGACAUUGGCUUCAUCCCCAGCCCACUGAAGCUCGAGAACAUCCGACUCCAGCAGGAGCAAAAAAGAGGACGAGUUCAAGGUAAGUCUGGAGGGAACUCCUCUUCAAGUGUAGAGGAUGAGGUGUCUGCCUCUAUCCGACCCCUCAUAUCCUCGGCAGGAAAGCAGAAACAGAAAGUGACGGAGCACAUCCCCCCGUAUGAUGUGGUUCCCUCCAUGAGGCCGGUGGUGCUGGUGGGACCCUCACUCAAAGGUUAUGAGGUGACUGAUAUGAUGCAGAAAGCGCUCUUUGACUUCCUCAAGCACAGAUUUGAUGGCAGGAUAUCAAUCACACGGGUCACCGCCGAUAUAUCGUUAGCCAAGAGAUCUGUCCUCAACAACCCCAGUAAGAGGGCCAUCAUUGAGCGAUCCAACACCCGCUCCAGCUUAGCUGAAGUGCAAAGCGAGAUCGAGCGGAUCUUUGAGCUGGCCCGCUCCUUGCAGCUGGUAGUGCUGGAUGCAGACACUAUCAACCAUCCAGCCCAGCUCCUCAAGACCUCCUUGGCUCCCAUCAUUGUCCACGUCAAAGUGUCCUCACCUAAGGUUUUACAGAGGCUAGUCAAGUCCAGGGGGAAGUCUCAGAGCAAACACCUGAAUGUCCAGCUUGUAGCUGCAGACAAACUGGCUCAAUGUCCUCCAGAAAUGUUUGACAUCAUCUUGGACGAGAACCAGCUGGAAGAUGCCUGUGAGCAUCUUGCCGAAUACCUCGAGGCCUACUGGAAAGCAACACAUACCUCGAUGGCCACACCCCUGAACCCUUUGCUGGGACGUAACCUAGGCACCGGCACCCUCACAGCAUACCCCACCAGCAUCUCUGGACUGCAGCAGAGCCAAAGAAUGCAACAGAGCAACCACACGGGGGAUCACUCCACUGCGAACGAGCGUCGUAACCUGAUGACGUCCGAUGAAAACUACCACAACGAACGAGCACACAAGGGACGCAACCGCAUGUCGUCGGGGUCGCAGCAUAGCCGAGAGGCGCAGGACCCCUACCAGGACUACCAGGACCCCUAUCAGGAUGCGUAUAAGCCACACCGCAACCGUAGCUCCCCGGGAAGCUACAGCCAUGACUCCAGGCACCGGCUCUGAACCCACUUGAGUCAUCACAGGUGUCCGAAUGGUCCAGAUUCCACCUACCAAUGAACGCUACCACAUAGCCAAGAUGGUCCCAAGUAGGCCCUAUUUUCAGGGUGAUUAUUUAUGUAUUAGACCCCCGAAACAUUCACUAAAUUGAUUCAAGUUUUAAGAUGCUCAUGCCAACUUCUGGACCUUCUAGAUCACGGCGAGAAGAUGCUUAGCAUCGAUUGUGCUCGCUUCCAUCGGCGGUGGUCACGCGGUGCUGAUGUGACGUCACACCACAGCACACAGACUGCUAAAAUCCACGCACAUCACCAUGUAAAAAUCCUCUCGCCUUCUAGCUUCUUGCAUGUUGAUAGAUGAUGAACGUCUGCUUCCACUGCAUAGAUCUUUUCUAACUACCCUGUACAUACAGAGGUCCCACGUCGUCAAUCACCAGAUUGCAGUUUGAAAUGAGGGGUGAACUGGCUGCUAGUUGAAAACUUGGUGCUUCACAUUCCUGAACCAUUUUGGUUGGUUAACAUCACUUUUUCAAAGCCUGCUUUUCUGUAUAAAGCGUUAAGGUUUCAUUUAGGGCAGUGGUUCUUAACCUGGGUUCGAUCGAACCCUAAGGGUUCGGUCAGUCGGCUUCAGGGGUUCGACAGAGCCUCCGUCCAAACCUGACUAAAUAACAAGUUCAAUGUUUUAUUAUUAUAAUAAAAUGACAGCAAUCAUUUCCAUGAGAUUAUUUUCUAAUAUAAGUGUUUCAGCCCACUUACAAUGACAUAAAAAAAACAUAGUUUUUCAUGAGCUCUGUACAAGGUGGGGUUGGAAAUAAUUUGUACCCCUUUCAGAUAUCGCAUUUAGGUCCCACUAAAACAUUCACAAGUUGCACAAUGAGAUGUAAACAUGGGAUCAUGUGUACAUUCCUGUAACUUUCUGUUUGUAAAAUAUAUCUUUAUUAGUAUUUCGUUAAUAUAGUAACAUCAAUAAAUUAAGAAAAAACAUUUUAUUUUUCACUAAAGAAGGGUUCGGUGAAUAUGCAUAUGAAACUGGCGGGGUUCGGUACCUCCAACAAGGUUAAGAACCACUGCUUUAGGGGCAAACACCCUAACCCUACGAACGGUUUAAGAGCUUGAUGAAUAUGAUUUUUUUAAAGAGCAUCUACUUGGUAAGUUUCAAAUUUGGUCGUAAUUAAAUGGCAGUGCUUUUGUUUUGUUUUUGUGUUGUUUUAGUGGCUUAUUUCCUGUAAUUGGUUUCACCCGCGUCUCCUCAGGUGCAUUAGGUGCUUGCCAGCCCUGCCCAAAUCCGGAUGUGUCCCAGCCAAUCAGCUUCAUGCUUGCUCUUGUAUCAAGUUGCAUUGCCAGUCCUUGAACUGUUACCCCCUUUGUUUAUUUGUUGACAAGGAUUUAGGUUAAUCUUUUAUCCAACUGAAAGUUCUUCCUUCAGAAUUUUAGGAGUAAUAAUUAGCAUUUUUGAGCUUAACGAUCACUUUAGACUUGCAAUACAACAACCUUUGAGCUGUUGUACAUGCACAUUUAUUUUCCCUGAGGAAUAAGCAAAGGAUAUAUAACAGUUGCAUUGAAGUGGAAGGCAAUACACAGUAACACCUAACCUGUCUUUUAGAAAAUGUUUGCAUGACUUGGGGCACCAUGGUGAAGGACAAUGUGUUGCAACGGAAAUGUCCAUGUAGCUCACCCACAUGUGCUGCUGUGGUUGCUGGUUUAAAGCUUAAACCUUAUGUAUUUGUUUUUAUUGUAGAUAUGCUUUUCUCCAGAACACAAACUCCACCAGCCAGUGUUAAAACAAUUGUAAGAAUAUGGGCGAAAUGUUGCGAGGUACCACUGUACUACCUAAUAAAGACCUACAAGUUUAUUUGAAGUAAAAUAGAAAUUUGUAAAAAAAAAAAAAAACUGAUAUUUUUGACAGGCAACAAAGUGUGCUGUUUGUCAACGUUUGUCGAGCCAAAAAUUGCACCAAUGCUGCAACAGUUUUUAUGAAUGCAUCGCCAGCUCGUAAGACUUGAUUGAAAUCUUCUGCAAGAUACUUGAAUGCCUAUCAUAUUUUAUUACCAUAUAUAAAUUUUGUGUCAAUGAUGGACAUUGUUUCAGUUACAAAACGUCGCAAAGGUGAACAUCCUGACCUAACGCUCAAAUGACUUUAAAAACAUUGUUUUUGGUAUUUUCAAAUAGGUUAAAUAGGUAAUCCCUAAAGCGCAUCAGAUAUUGCAAAUAAAGAGCAAGAGGAGCAAGUAUUCCCCACAGUACAGUAUUAUAUGCCACGAGAGAGCUGUAAUUAGAUGAAACACAACAGAGGGGAAAUUAUUCCUGUCAAAAAAUACCUAUUUGUGAUUAUUUUUAUAAUGUACAUAAAGUCAGAUGCUCCACAGUCCACACACGUGCUGGAAUUAUGACAGCAAGGUUUCAGUCAUGUGCAAUACAAAGCAGCAUGCUGUUUUCAAAUUAGGAUCUCUAUGUACUGUACUAUGCAACCGCAAACUGUGUGCGACGCUUCAUGCUGUGGCCUCUCCGAGCAUCUCCUUUUCCACACAGCUUCAUCCGGAUAGUUAAGGGAAUCUUGUGUUUAUCGUGGAUUUGUCUGUGGAAGGUGAAAAAAAAACCUCAGCGGCUAAUGCGGUAUUUGCAUGCAUAAUAUACCCCUUCUUGUUUAUAAAGAGGAAUUAUAGAAUAAUGAUGUGACUUUGGAGGUGGCUGUGUUUAAGGCAAAGCUCCAAGUGACCUAAAAAAACCUUUCUUUUGCAAAAUAAAAGAGCCGUUCUAA